GCUGCGCUGGACCGAAGCGGUGGCCGCUGAGCUGGUGCGGGUAAGGGGCCGCGCGGGGCCGGGAUCUGCGGCCAGGGUCGGGCAGCUGAGUGGGCCGGCACCCCUCCUCUGCUCUGCCGGGCAAAGCCGCGGUGCGGCUGGGUCUGGCUGCUCUGUCCCGCAGAAUUCCCCAUCCCCAGCUCGCCCCCCUUCCAAAGCUGUCCGGGUCGCAGGAUUCCAACCCCACUGUGGCCUCCGCCCCCCUUCGGGAUCUCCUCCUCGCAGCCUCUAUCCCUUGGGACUGUCUGGUCCUCUAGAUCCUCCUCGCUUGGAGCCCCUUCCUUGGGACGCCGUCGGCCUCUCUCCUCCAGCGCCCAUCGCUGGUGGCCACCUAGUACCUCGAAACCGAGCUCUGGGGCUCGCAUCCCGGGUGGCCCCCACUCGGCACCGACCCACCGUGUCCCCCACGUCGCAGACAGCGCUCCCCGGCGCCUGUCGCCCGUGCCCCCGUGGGCCUGGCCCCCGGGUGCCGCCCCCGAUCGCCGCGCGCCGGCUGCUGGCCUCCCAGGCUCCGCUCCGUACCGCCCCCGGCGCCAUGGCGUGCAGCCUGAAGGACGAGCUGCUGUGCUCCAUCUGCCUGAGCAUCUACCAGGACCCGGUGAGCCUGGGCUGCGAGCACUACUUCUGCCGCCGCUGCAUCACUGAACACUGGGUGCGGCAGGAGGCACAGGGCGCCCGCGACUGCCCGGAGUGCCGGCGCACGUUCGCCGAGCCCGCGCUCGCGCCCAGUCUCAAGCUGGCCAACAUCGUGGAGCGCUACAGCGCCUUCCCACUGGACGCCAUCCUCAACGCGCGCCGCGCCGCGCGACCCUGCCAAGCGCAUGACAAGGUCAAGCUCUUCUGCCUGACGGACCGCGCGCUGCUCUGCUUCUUCUGUGACGAGCCCGCGCUGCACGAGCAGCACCAGGUCACCGGCAUCGACGACGCCUUCGAGGAGUUGCAGAGGGAACUGAAGGAGCAGCUUCAAGCCCUGCAGGACAGCGAGCGUGAGCACACGGAGGCAUUGCAGCUACUUAAGCGACAGCUGGCGGAGACCAAGUCCUCUACCAAGAGCCUGCGGACCACCAUCGGGGAGGCCUUUGAGCGGCUGCACAGGCUACUGCGGGAGCGGCAGAAAGCCAUGCUGGAGGAGCUGGAGGCCGACACGGCCCGCACGCUGACCGACAUUGAGCAGAAGGUCCAGCGCUACAGCCAGCAACUGCGCAAGGUGCAAGAAGGUGCCCAGAUCCUGCAGGAGCGGCUGGCUGAGACUGACAGGCACACCUUCCUUGCUGGAGUGGCCUCCCUGUCUGAGAGGCUCAAGGGGAAGAUCCACGAAACCAACCUGACAUACGAAGACUUCCCCACCUCCAAAUACACGGGGCCUCUGCAGUACACCAUCUGGAAGUCUCUUUUCCAGGACAUCCACCCAGUGCCAGCGGCCCUGACCCUGGACCCAGGCACUGCCCACCAGCGCCUGAUCCUGUCAGAUGACUGCACCAUCGUGGCCUACGGGAACCUGCACCCACAACCCUUGCAGGACUCACCGAAGCGUUUUGAUGUGGAGGUGUCGGUGCUGGGCUCUGAGGCCUUCAGUAGCGGUGUCCACUACUGGGAGGUGGUGGUGGCAGAGAAAACCCAGUGGGUGAUUGGGUUGGCCCACGAGGCUGCGAGCCGCAAGGGCAGCAUCCAGAUCCAGCCGAGCCGCGGCUUCUACUGCAUCGUGAUGCACGAUGGCAAUCAGUACAGUGCAUGCACGGAGCCCUGGACGCGGCUCAACGUCCGUGACAAGCUCGACAAGGUGGGUGUCUUCCUGGACUAUGACCAGGGCCUCCUCAUCUUCUACAAUGCCGACGACAUGUCCUGGCUCUACACCUUCCGAGAGAAGUUCCCUGGCAAGCUCUGCUCCUACUUCAGCCCUGGCCAGAGCCAUGCUAAUGGCAAGAACGUCCAGCCGCUGAGGAUCAACACUGUCCGCAUCUAGUCUGGGCUGAAGCAGACCAAAGCCUUCUGGGUCUGUGAGCACCAGCAAGAGCCUUGCCGAGCAGAUGGGGCCUGGACUACUCAGGCCCACCGUGGCCACCCUGAGACCUCAGGCCAGUUGUUUAUCCCCCAGCCUCCUCUGCCCUGCCUGCGAGCUAGAGGUUGUGUUCCGUGGUUAAUGUCCUAAAGCUCUGAUAUUAAUGGGAUGUUACAUGGCUCCUCCCCAGGGCAUCCCUAGCCCAACCCCUCCUCCCUAUUCUCCCAGGGACAGGGGAUUUCCCUCCUUCUGCCCAGGUGACCUAGCCUCUUGACAGAUCAGAUGUGACCAAUAGCUAGCAGCCCAAAAGAUAUACAGAAUCCUCUUAUGCUUGUGGCCUAAGAUGUGUCUUGCGCCUGAUCAAGAGAGUAAUGGGUUGUUUUACUCUUGACCCAAGUCCACAGUAGACCCAGAUGGAAGCUGGUCCUAGGGAUAUCUGAGGGUCACCCUCUCCUGCUACCCCUGCACCAAGCCGAGAGCUGUGGCUUUCCUCCUCUCCCACUAAUCUGCUCCCACUGUCAGAAAUGAUGCUGUGGCCUGACAGGCAGUUCACAUGGUAUGGUCAUGCCACCACCUUCCAGUCCAUGGACUCUGGGGCAGGGUGAGGCAUAAGGACCCCAGAAACCAAUACGGAACACUGUCAGGACAAAGCAGCAAUGGACGAUAAAACCCAAGUCCUCAGCUGUCCUGGGGACAGAGGUCCAGCCAGCCCUUAUCAGUCAGGCCUCUGUGAUCUGCUAUGGGGACAGAGAGGGUGCUGGCAGCAGUUCUUGUCAUCAGGACCUGAAUCCCAGGAGACCUGUCGGUGGGUACCUGGCUCUGGCUCCCAUAGGAUUCUGAUGUGCACACAAGGAGCCACCUAAGUUGGUGUUAUCAGACAAGAAUUCACAAUCAGCUCCCCGGUGGCUUGCAAGAUCACUGGAAGGGCUGGAGGAUGAGAGCCUUGCUGAGUUUCCAGAGACAACUUCAAGCGGCUAAAGUGAUUGUGUCUUGUGACCAGGAAAGCUGUUUCCAUUCGCAGGGAACCCCUGCCUCUCAAGCUGCUCGGGGCCACCGUCCACUAUCCACGCCAGCAAGCGAUUAUCCGAGCCUGCCUCUCUCUCAACUCAGGUCCCAAAUCUACAUCUUUUGGAAGGAUUCUUUUGGUGGAAUCUUGAGUCAGAACCCAGAUUUUGACAGCAAAGAAGUCUGGGAAGUGUUUUUUCUCUUCCAGCCUCAGCCGUACAGAAAGUUAAGCAUGGAGGUGGAGCAGGCCCCUCCACAAUUUCCUUACUACAGCAUCCAACUGUGCAGACACUCAGGAGAAUCAAUGAAUCCACCUCACGGCCUUGACUUUGAAGCAGAGCUGCUGAAGAUUUCCUGCUCCCUGGCUCUGUCCCUGCCUGUCCCUGCCCAGAGGCAACAAUCUCGGGCCUAGGUAGGAGUCAGAAGUACAAUCAAAAUGGCUCCCCAGCGUCACUGAAAUCCUGGGGCUUCAGUCCUGUAUUUGGGGUUCAGUGAGCAUGCCCAUCUCCAAGGAGCCAGAAUGGAUGAACUUGAGGGGCUCCCACUCGCAACUGCCACGCACUGGGGACCCCCCUGCACAAGAGGAACCCUGAGCUCUACUUGCGCCCUCCACUCCCAGACUCCAGGCUACUCCCGACAGUAUUUUUAUUUAAAACAUUGCUCUUUUGUGCAUUAUGAUCAAUUUGUAUUAAAUUAA